UAUUUAGAGGCGUUAAACAAUCUUGAUUGGCCCCCUUUUUUCGUGGUUCAUGGUUGUAGAGUGGGGUAAAAUACUAAAAUGAUACCUACAAGAAUCAUACAACUACAGUAAGAAUCAAAAUAGGUUCCGAUGCCUCAUACGACUGUUCUAAAAUCGUUUAUCUUACCAGUCUCUUUCAUUUGUUUCAACGCCCAGAAAGGAAGAAAGAAAGAAAGAACGGAACACCACCUCUGCAAUAGAGUACAAUGUCACAAAUGUCCCUUAGUAUAUGUGAUGUCGUCGAUGUCUCCGACGCAGAAAGUAUUGCUCGCUAUGUUGAAGUACCUGCAAACCAGAAUGGACCCUUAUAUCGAACGAUGUUUCCUCAUUCCGGCACGAUAACUGAGGUGCAAAUGGAUGAAAUAACUCGGUGGAAUGUCGAUAUGUUGCAAGAUGCAUUUCAAGAGCGAUGGGAAAGGUUUUUGAAAGUACUAUCCACUGAUGGCACUCCAGUCGGAUUCUGCGGUUGGACGGUUAUCAGUCGGAAGAGUGAAGAAGUGAUCAAUCAUGAGAUAGAUAAAGAGCCAAAGAAGGAAAAGCCAAAGAAGAAAACCUGGGUGCCGGAAACACUGGAUGUAGAUGCUUGGAUCACUAUAUCAAAAGCUUUAAGGGCAGAACGUGAACGGGUGCUGAAAGAUCUUGAUAAUAUAUGCCGUAAGUUGAAUUAUAUCACAACUUACAGCUAUCUACUGAAAUAUCUUCUUACCUAUCUAGGCUUGACAUUUAUGGCAGUAAGCCCGAACCAUCAACGACAAGGCAUUGGCUCAAUGAUGAUGGAGCGAAUAUGUAAAGAAAUUGAUCAGUAUGGACGAUGUGCAUAUGUUCUCGCAGCACCAGAGGGCGUUCGGCUGUAUGCCAAAUUUGGCUUUCAGGCCGUUGGCAGUGUUGAAACUCCCCAGGGCACUAUUACGAGUAUGUUUCGGCAAUCGCGUCAGCUAUGAGAAUAGAUGUAAUGGCUCGUGGAGGAUAAGUAAUACUAUCAAUGUGUUACCCAGGCUACAUGUAGUAGUACCUUAACAGAAACAGUAACUGGUUGCUAGCACACAUCAUUCCACUAAACUUCAUGAUCUCAACGAGAUACACGGCGUCCACAAUCCAAUAAGAGCACCAACCGAAAAAAGGUACAGCGACCUAGGAAAGCCACAUUCACAUUCGGUGUGUCCGUAAGCGGCGACAAUCACAUCGAACCCCAGACCUCGGACCCCAAAUGUCAGACCAGGUUAACAUCAUUUCAGCCGCAUUAAUAUAUGCAUUCCUUCCAACUAAAGGGACAUCCUCUCAAUACGCCCACUAUUAUUCCGCUGCAUUUGGAGAUAGCAUAAGUACCUACUAGGUAGUAACUACUCAAAUAUCCCUCUGAUAAUUCCAUUGGCCAAUCUUCUCUUUUGUCCUGUC